ACGUCUCCCCGCCUCGGUCGACGAGCAGACGACCCCGUCGACGGAACGGAGCAACACCAGCGGGCGGUAUUGUUCGGCGUGGCUUCUGUAGUUACGGACAACGCGUCUGACCGGCUUUUGAGAACGGCACUGGCGGUAGGGACCAGGACCUAUUAACCAGAGGUUACUUCUGCCGCUGCUUCGAGACGAGCGUCGAUAUUAUCGUUUGUGCGCGGGUGAUUUGUGUUACCGGCAUCUUCGUACCAAUUGCCUGGAGUACGGACUGACUGACACACUUGACGGGCUUCGUUGGUGUACAGAGCGUGACGGAAAAGGGAGAUGAGCGGUCACCUCGGAGACCUGAGCCCGACGCAGGAGGCGGCUCUCAGAAACUUCAGGAAGGCGGUUGCAGAUGUUCUGAAGCCUGACCACGAUGACCGCUACCUUCUCCGAUGGCUAAGAGCUCGGGAUUUCAACCUCAACAAAGCCGAACAGAUGCUGAGAGCGCAUGUCGAAUGGAGGAAGCAGUUUGGCACCGAUGACGUCAUGACAUGGCCGGAAUCACCAGAGGUGUUGCGCAAGUACUACCCUGGUGGCUUCACGGGCUACGACCGCGAGGGCCGACCGGUGGCCAUCAUCCCUUUCGGCAGCUGUGAUCUCAAAGGCCUGCUGAACAGCGUCAGCAUCGACGACGUGAUGCGGCAUGUCGUCCGGCAGUUCGAGGAUGUGGAGGAAGACAUCAAGCGGCAGUGCAAGAAACUGGACAAACCCAUCGAGACGAUCACUUACAUAUUCGACUUCGAUGGAUUCGCUCUUUCCACGUUGGCUUCGAGAGCAGUGAUCGACUACCUAGCAACCCUAAUGUGCACCUUCGAGGACAACUACCCGGAGAGGCUUCACAGAGCGUACGUCGUCAACGCUCCUAGGUACUUCCCUCUCUUUUGGAAGAUCAUUCGGCCAUUCCUGAGUGACCUUACUGCGCGAAAGCUGGCCCUCUACGGCAAAGACGAGCAGGCCUGGAAGAAGGCCCUGCUGGAAGAGAUCGACGCCGACCAGCUACCGCGAUACUGGGGAGGCACGCAGACAGACCCUGACGGAAACCCUCGAUGCCCCUCUGUGGUUAUAGAUGGUGGAGAGGUUCCUACCCGCUACUACCGAAGCACGAACGGCCAUUCGCCGUCUGAAGAGCAGCAGUGUUUGGACCAGAUCCCCGCGGAACUGGCGCGGGCGAACACGGCUGUGAGUCGGCAGGCGACAGUGGAGGUGCCAGUACGAGUGUCAGAGGCCGGCAUGCUGCUUGCGUGGGAGAUCGUGUGUGACGACCUGCUGUUCGGGAUCCUCUACCGAGGCAAUGGCACGUUGUCCGCUGAACAUGACAGCGCCGAAGUCGUUCUCAAGCCAUCCCGCAUCAAGGCUGGCUCCAAGCUGCCCGAGGCCGGGUCGCUGACGUGCUCAAAGCCGGGCCUGUACGUGCUCAACUUCGACAACACUUUCAGCACGUUCACUUCCAAGAAGCUGUCUUACUCGGUUCGACUCCUGGAGGCCACUACGAUUUGACCAGUCUCCUGAGUCUGUGUUUGGGCCAUAUACCUUUCAGUGGUGUUGACACAAGGAACUUUCCUUGGAGUUCUGCAUUCAGACUGGCGUUUUCUAAACGUCCGUUGUUGUUGUUUUUUUUUCAUUGUUAAUAUAUGAAGUUCGCCACGUAUGGCGUGGCAUGGUACUUAUUAAAGUGUGUAUUCCUCUGUACGUAUUUCUUAUACUAUUACGUUGUCGGAUGUUGUGAACUUAGUCAUCAGAAGUUACACUACAGUUGCGGACAUUUCUUAGCAGUGAAGGGAAAGCUACGGGGCCUGGGUACAUAUUACUGCGCGGCGUAAACAUUGCAUACCAUUUGCUUUGUUUCUUCAGACGGCCAUUUGGUGCAAAUGUUCGCCGCAAGUUUCUGAUGCUUGUAGACUCACCUAAAGGCGUAGACGCCAUUUAGCGCUUGAUGUAUAUGUCAGAGAGGUACUUUUCGCGCGUGUAAAACAUAAGUAUGAAAGGGUCUCAAUGAAAACAAAUAUCAACGUCUCACUGGCGUGUGCUUCGUAUUGCAUGAAAAAGCUUCCUGUAAAAAUAUCCUUUACUUCUCACGCAGAAGACACGGACACAAUUGUGAUAUUACAUUCGUUAGCCGCUACAUUUGCGCGGUUUGAUUGUGUAGCCUUGACUUCAUUGACAAGAAAAGUUGUCCGCAACUAUUACCCCAACCACAUACAGACACAGGAAGUGUGAAUAGAGCGCCACAGCCAGCUGUAUCUGUUCAGCAGGAAGUGCUAUCUAUGCACAUGCGCGACGCAUACUGAAUGAAGUUCCUUUCCUGUCCUGCAGAUUUAGUGGCUUAUUGCAUUUCCAGAGUGCUAACAAAGUUUGUUGUAAC